CCAGUACAGCAAGAGGUGCACAAAUGAGAAGUAGAAUGAUAUUUUUAUCAUUUGACUUUAAAUGUAUGCUUUAAGCUAUGUACAACUAAGUUAUGUAAAAAACAAUUGAAAUUCUCAAAUAAAUGAACACAUUUCAGUUCAUACACCUGGAGUGCCAGUCUUUACUUUUGAAAUUUUGUAUUCACUGUACCUUAGUCUAGUCCACACUCUAAAAGUACGUUCCAGCUGCAUAGAUAUUUGCAUAGAUGAUUUAACCGACCAAUGUAAUGCAACUUCCUUCAAAUAAGAGGAAGACAGAUUUGAACUGGUGUAUUUGCAAAUUUAGGAAAAAUAGGAAGUAGGCUAGAUGAUUAGCCUUGCUGUUGACUGGCUCAUGUUGUUUAGUUGCACACUUACUGACAUGGCUGUUCAUCUGGGCUUUCUUCUCAUCCUCAAUGGACUAAUAGGAAUUCACAGCAUAACCGCAGUCAGUAAAGUGUCAGUGAGAGCUGGUGAUUCGAUCACUAUCCCAUGUCUCUACGGAUCACAAUACAGAAACCAUGUGAAAUACUUGUGUAAAGGAUAUUAUUGGUCCUUCUGCUCUGAAGUAGUUAAAACAAAUCAACCACAUAGUUCAGGAAAGUUUUCAAUCUCUGAUGACAAAACCCAAAGAAUUUUUAAUGUCACUAUUAAAGCUCUAACGAAUGACGACACUGAUUACUGGUGUGCUGUGGAGAUCAAUCAAGGGGGUGAUAUCAAAAAAUAUUUUCACCUGUCAGUCGCCAGAGGUACACCCAGUCUGUAUGUGGAUCAUCAGGAAAUGACAGGAUUUAAUGGAGAUAGUGUAACCAUCAGUUGUAAGUAUACAACUGCUGGUGAAAUGAAGUGGUGCAGGCUGGGCGGGAACUGUGUGACAGGGUCAUCAGGAUCAAUAGAUGGAACAACAGUGACCAUCAAUUCAAGUGUCCGCAAUGUUUUCAUUGUGACUAUGAGUGGACUGACAACACAGAGCAGUGGCUGGUAUUUGUGUGUUAAAGGAGACUUUCAGAUGCCAGUGCAUGUCACUGUUAAUGAUACACCUACCACUACCUCACUUGCAACAAGAAGACAUUUUACCACCUUAUCACCCCCUGCAGGACCUGUGAAUCUCACUUCUGUUUCUCCAGAUGAAACCCUUAACAGCAGUGUUUCAGUCAAACUAAUGAGCUACAUCAUCCCACUGAGCGUGCUGAUCUUCAUUGUAAUGAUGACAUUGUUCAUCUGGUUUCUGUGUAAAAGAAACAAGCACACUGAGGAAGAAUCAUCAGCCACAGCAACAGCUGAAGAGGUUCUGACAUACACUACUGUUAAACACGAGAGAAAACUGGACCAGGCUGAAGCGGAAGUAACAUACAGCAAUGUUAAGUACACGAAAAAACCUUCACACAAGAGGUCAGUUGCUAAGAGUGACGAGGAAGUGACGUACAGCUCUGUGGUUACUACCAAACAACAACCUGUACAAAGGGCCAAAGCUGAGGAUGUUACACAUAGCAGGUUGGCUAAACACCAGCAAAACCUGUACAUUUUACCCUGUUACCUUGCUCACAUGCUCAAAGCACAAAGUAACUCCAUGUUUUUGUGCGUCAUCAAUUACUGCAACAGUUGCCUUAAAAGGAGGACAUUUAACUUGUGCAGCUACAAAAAUCAGGAAGUAGAAAAUCAGCCCAUCCCUGCAUUUUCAGUGUUAUUUUAUUUGACUCUACUCACCGACAUGGCCGUUCAUCUCAGCUUUCUUCUCAUCCUCAGUGGACUCACAGGAAUUCACAGCAUAACCACAGUCAGUAAACUGUCAGUGAGAGCUGGAGACUCGAUCAUUAUCCCAUGUCUCUAUGACUCACAAUACAGAGACCAUGUGAAAUACUUGUGUAAAGGAUAUUAUUGGUCCUCCUGCUCUGAAGUAGUUAAAACAAAUCAACCAUAUAGUUCAGGAAAGUUUUCAAUCUCUGAUGACAAAACCCAAAGAAUUUUCACUGUGACUAUUAAAGACCUGACGGAUAAGGACACUGAUUACUGGUGUGCUGUGGAGAUCAAUCGAGGGGAUGAUAUCCGAAAAUAUUUUCACCUGUCAGUCACGAGAGGUAUGCCCAGUCUCUAUGUGGAUCAUCAGGAGAUGACAGGAUUUAAUGGAGAUAGUGUAACUGUCAGUUGUAACUAUAGAAACUCUGAGGCGAUGAAGUGGUGCAGGCUGGGUGGGGACUGUGUGACAGGGUCAUCAGGAUCAACAGAUGGAACAAGAGUUACCAUCAAUUCAAGUGUCCACAAUGUUUUCACUGUGACUAUGAGUGGACUGACAACACAGAGCAGUGGCUGGUAUUUGUGUGUUAAAGGAGACUUUCAGAUGCCAGUGCAUGUCACUGUUACUGAGACACCUACUACUACCACACUUGCAACAACCAGAUAUUUUACCACCUUAUCACCCUCUGCAGAACCUUUGAAUCUCACUUCUGUUUCUCCAGAUGAAACACUUAACAGUAUUUCCAUUCACCUAAGGAGUUUUAUCAUCCGUAUGAGCGUGUUGACCUUCAUUGUAAUCAUGGGCUUAUUCACCUGGUGUAUGUUCAAAAAAUACAGCCUAACUGAAGCAGAAUCAACCAUAUCAGUGGAUUUCACAGCAUAACCACAGUCAGUAAAGUGUUAGUGAAGGCUGGUGAUUCAGUCGCUAUCCCAUGUCUCUAUGACUCACAAUACAGAAACCAUGUGAAAUAUUUGUGUAAAGGAUAUUAUUGGUCCUCCUGCUCUUAUGCUGUUAAAACAAACCAACCACAUAGUUCAGGAAAGUUUUCAAUCUCUGAUGACAAAACCCAAAGAAUUUUCUCUGUA